GGGAGGGCAUGGUAAUAUUAGCCACUCAUCGCCAACAAACUCGCUGGGCACCGUCUUCAUCUCUCACGCCUUCCCAGCUUUCUUCCCACCCAAACACACACUCGAUCAAGACCCAAAGGGCGAGAAAGUUUGAAGGAAUACUGGGUUUUCUCAUUUUACAUCGUUGGGCUCUUGCAAACAUUGAUGGAAACUUUGGAUUGAACGUGCAUUAGCUAGCAUGAUGAUGAUGAUGAUGGUGGUGGUGGAUCAAAAGGGUGAUCCAAUUCCCAGAACCGGACGAUCGCGGUCAUCGUCAUGAUGGAUGAGGUGCCAGGCUCUGUAGGAACCAGCGCCAGUUUUGCUCUGAGAUUGGGCCAAACAAUCUUCUCCUCUGCUUCCCUUCUGUUCAUGUCCUUGGCUGUUGAGUUCUACACCUACACUGCAUUCUGCUUCUUGGUGACAAUUAUGGGCUUAGUUAUCCCAUGGAGUUUCACCCUGGCUCUGGUUGAUGGAUACUCUGUUUUGGUUAAAUGCCCAUUUCGUCAGCCCGGCAUCAUGCUGAUUGUCGUAGUCGGAGACUGGGUCUUGUCGGUUCUGACGCUGGCGGCCGCCUGCUCGACGGCCGGCGUCGUGGAUGUUCUGCUGAAGGCUGGUAGCUCCUCCUGCCCGACCAAGUUGUGCAGCAGAUAUCAGAUAUCGGUUGGAAUGGCAUUCUUGUCAUGGUUUCUUUCCUUGGCCUCAGCUCUUUUCAAUCUUUGGUUGCUUCCUUCCAUGUGAUCGAUCAUUCGUUGCUCAAUCUGUAUAUAGAACAUUGUUCAGAUUUUUGACAGAAAAUAGCCCUCCCCGGUUUAUUUGAGUGAGUAUGGUGUGUGUUAACAUGAGUGAGUAAGUAAUAAAGGCGUGCAUCUUCAAUGCAUGACAUUUUCUCCUUUUUA